AAAAAAAGUUUGUCAGUCUCACUAUAUAUUCCCAUUUCCCUUGCUACUUUCUCCUCACUUCUCUCUCUAAAAGAAAAGAAGCGGAAAAACCAAAAAAAUGGCGAAACCCCAACUUUUAUUUCUAUAUUCCUUUUCCCUUCUCUGUCUCAUAUCUUUUUCCGCCGCCGAUUCCUCCAUCAUAGACGACUUACGUCUAGCCGGUUCCAGUUUCCCGUCGGUUCAUGCAAAGAAGCUGAUUAGGGAGUUGAAUUUGUUUCCUAAAGGGGAAGUUAAUGUCGUUGACGAACAUCGGGUUUCGUUGCCGGAGGGUCCCAAACUGGUGGAGAAGCGGUUCAAGUUCCCAACUUUGGAAGUGCCCGGUGGAGUUUCCGUUGAGGAUUUGGGUCACUAUGCUGGGUAUUACAAGCUUCCUAACUCUCAUGAUGCCAGAAUGUUCUACUUCUUCUUCGAAUCACGCAAUCGCAAAAAGGACCCUGUUGUAAUCUGGUUGACUGGAGGGCCAGGUUGUAGCAGUGAAUUGGCUUUGUUUUAUGAAAAUGGCCCUUUCACAAUUGCUGAUAACAUGUCUCUUGUUUGGAAUGAGUAUGGUUGGGACAAGGCUUCUAACCUUCUGUAUGUGGACCAACCUAUUGGUACUGGCUUUAGUUACAGUUCUGACCGAAGGGACAUUCGUCAUAAUGAAGAUGAAGUUAGCAAUGACCUAUAUGAUUUCUUGCAGGCAUUCUUUGCAGAGCACCCUGAGUUUGCAAAGAACGACUUUUUUAUAACUGGAGAAUCAUAUGCUGGGCAUUACAUUCCAGCUUUUGCUGCUCGAGUCCACCGUGGAAACAAAGCCAAGGAGGGAAUUCAUAUAAAUCUAAAGGGAUUUGCUAUUGGUAAUGGCCUGACUGACCCUGCAAUCCAGUAUAAAGCUUACACAGAUUAUGCUUUGGACAUGGGGGUAAUUAAAAAGUCUGACUAUGAUCGUAUCAACAAGCUGGUCCCAGUUUGUGAAAUGGCAAUAAAGCUUUGCGGCACUGACGGUACAAUCUCUUGCAUGGCUUCAUAUUUUGUCUGCAAUAACAUAUUCAAUGGCAUCAUGGCACUUGCUGGCGAUACAAAUUACUAUGACGUUAGAAAGAAAUGUGAAGGGAGCCUUUGCUAUGACUUCUCAAACAUGGAGUCAUUUCUGAACAAGAAAUCUGUUAGGGAUGCCCUUGGUGUUGGGAACAUAGAUUUCGUGUCCUGCAGCCCUACUGUGUAUCAGGCCAUGCUGGUUGACUGGAUGAGGAAUCUCGAAGUUGGCAUUCCUGUUCUCCUCGAGGACGGAAUCAAGCUUCUCGUGUAUGCUGGGGAAUAUGAUCUUAUCUGCAACUGGCUUGGCAAUUCAAGAUGGGUUCAUGCAAUGGAAUGGUCUGGUCAGAAGGAGUUUGUAGCAUCUCCUGAGGUUCCUUUCAUAGUAGACGGUGCAGAAGCCGGAGUCUUGAAAACUCAUGGAGCUCUUGGUUUCCUUAAGGUUCAUGACGCGGGUCAUAUGGUUCCUAUGGACCAGCCCAAGGCAGCAUUGGAGAUGCUGAAAAGGUGGACCAAGGGUACACUAUCCGACGCCAGUGAUUCAGAGAAACUGGUUGCCGAGAUGUGAGUUCCAUUACUUCAGUGCCAGAAUCAAAUCUUGUUAGCCUUUAUAAUGGGAAUAAGCAUAGCGUAAAAUAUCUGGACUUUCUGCAUAGUUUCUUUGAGUACCUGUAAAUAUUUCCAUGGGGAUGCAAUAGAAUCCUUGUCUUCAUGUUUAUGUUGUUGUUGUUAUUUUUUUUACCUUGAAAAGAACAUUACCUACUGAUAUGAAUCAAAGAACUUUUGUUGAUAAUAAA